GAGAGCUCUCCACGUCAGCCUACGUCUCCCCAUCCCUUACUUCACGGAUCCGCUUCAAAGGGGCAGCUGCGCUAGAGAAUCAUGUUAAGCUCAGCUAAUGCGGAGAAGCCGAGGUAGCCCUAAUGAUGGAUUUUGAUGAGCGUGUUCCUUGUUCCUCUAACAUGUAUUUGCCAAGUUGUACUUACUACGUCUCGGGUCCUGAUUUUUCCAGCCUCCCUUCUUUUUUGCCCCAAACCCCGUCUUCUCGCCCUAUGACAUACUCCUACUCCUCCAACCUACCCCAGGUCCAACCUGUGAGAGAAGUUACCUUCAGGGAAUAUGCCAUUGAUCCCUCCAGUAAAUGGCACCCCAGGAACAAUCUGCCCCACUGCUACUCCGCAGAGGAGAUCAUGCACAGAGACUGCCUGCCUGCCACCAACACUGCUAGCAUGGGCGAGAUGUUCGGCAAAAACACAGCUAACGUCUACCACCCCAGCACCAACGUCUCCUCCAAUUUCUAUAGCACGGUGGGCAGGAACGGGGUCCUGCCCCAGGCUUUCGACCAAUUUUUCGAGACGGCUUAUGGCACGGCGGAAAACCUGGCCUCGGCGGACUACCCGGUAGACAAGAGUGGCGAGAAGGCGCCCGCGGCCGCCGGGGCGGCGGCGGCGGCAACUUCAAGUUCGGAGGGCGGCUGCGGCAGGGCGGCGGCGGCGGCGGCGGAGAAGGAGAGGAGGAGGCGGCCGGAGAGCAGCAGCAGCCCCGAGUCAUCUUCCGGCAACAAUGAGGAGAAAUCCGGCAGUUCCAGUGGACAACGUACGCGUAAAAAGAGAUGCCCAUACACCAAAUACCAGAUUAGAGAGUUAGAAAGGGAGUUCUUCUUCAGUGUCUACAUAAACAAAGAGAAACGCCUCCAGCUCUCCCGAAUGCUCAAUCUGACCGACCGUCAAGUCAAAAUAUGGUUUCAGAACAGAAGAAUGAAAGAAAAAAAAAUUAACAGGGACCGAUUACAAUAUUACUCAGCUAAUCCACUACUUUAAAACUCAUAGCGUUUUUCAAGACGAGAUUAAAUUCAGAUUUCGCCCUUGACAAGGUCAAGCCACGGGGUUACGUGGAGGAAGGAGGUGUGUAUCUGACGGGACUAGAAGAAUCUAAGGUUUUACACGCACGUAAACCUUCUCUGGAACUGCGAUGAUGAUUUUUUAUAUAUGUAUUUACAUAUCAACUGGAAUCGAUUUGAUUUUGACACACAUGGGAUCCAUUUCUAAACGUGCACGUCACCUCUGAGUGCAAAAUCCAUACCUCUUACCUUUCCAGGCACUGCGGCUCACCCUGCCACGGCUUUCGGCAGGCACGGGCGGGGACGGUCCUUCUCCAUCCCCGGACUCGCCCAUCCCCGGCCCUUCCUCGCCCCUGUGCUGCUGUGCAACAUCUGUCUGGAGAUCGCCAGGUCGAGCUCACCCAACCAGGACCACUGCAGAAUAUAAACUCUGAGAAAUAAUCUUUUGUUCUUCCUUAGGAAAAUGUCUGGGUCAGAGGCAGUGUUCCAUUGCUCAUGGGUUUGAAAUAAGAUUUGAAGGACGGAGACACACACACACACACACACACACACACACACACACACACACACACACACAUAUACACACACAUAUACACACACACACAUACAAACAGAACUAAAGAAAGGGGGGGAUGUCAUGUCCACACCUUCCUGGGGCCAACCGCGAGUAGUUGUAAUAUGGAUGUAGUGAUGGUUAUAGUAGUGUUUCCUUUGGGGGUGUGGGAUGGGAUGGGGGCGAGGGGAAAAAAGACCGAAAUGAAAAAAAUUACUUAUUUACUUUUAAAAAUCAGGUAUAAAUUCGCCAUAUGUCGUAAAGAAACAAUCACUAAAAAUAAAAUUAGAAAAAUUUAAUUAGCUCUUGUUUUAUUUAUGACAACAGACUAUGCGUUGCCAUCUUUUUGGAGACAAAUCAUAUACAAAUACUAAAAAUAAAUCGGCAAAAGAGUGUGAAUUUCAGCGUUUUAAAAGAAACAGCUCCUUAAAGGAAACUAACCUUCUGGCUUCUGGCUCACAAACUUUCUUCAGGAAAUACCUGUGGAGAACGACAGUUUAGCAAAUACCACACAACACUUAAUUGAAACUUGGAGUUGUGCAAUGCACUAACAUUGGAUGAUUAAAAUAACUCUAUUGCAUGUUCGUUUAAAGGUGACUAGUGAGGAGUUUAAACAGAAGCCAAACAAUGUAAAUAUGGUAAUUUUGUUGUUGUCUACUUUAAAUGUCAUGAGCUCUACUUUGUCGCCCAGUCGACGUAUGCAAAGAAUGGAGAGUUGUUUGAACUUAUUUUAAAUAUCUAUAAAUAUAUAUAUUUCCCUGCAGGAACCAAAGUGUGAAAAAAUGCAAUUAAAAAAAAAAAAAAAAACAAAAAAAAAGAGGAAAAAGAAAGGAAAAUAUUUAAAAUUCUAUAUCAGUUUACAAAGGAUACCGUGUUCUAUCGUUGAGGUAAUUUGCUGUUGAGAAUAUCUGAAUGUAUAUUUCAUACAGGAAUGGUGUUUUACAAGACUUGUAAAUAAUUAAAAAAAAGAACCCAUGACCUAUUUUGUUCGAAUGCCCUUUUUUUUUUCCCCCUGGUUGGUUUUUUUUUUCAGUGGUGGUUUUUUUGGGGUUUUUUUAUUGUUCCUUUGGGGCUAAAGGGUGUGGGAUUUCUUUACAUGUGCAACAAAGUGGUGAUAAGAAUGUUUUUGACUAAUAAAUUUUACCAAAUGGAUGUAAUUUCUUUGUCACAAUUCACAAAAUGCAAUAUCUUUUUAUGACGUCACUGUUUUCAAUCUGUAUCAUCUAUAUGUAUAUACAGUUUUCUUUUAAUAAGCGCAAGUAUUUGGUUGCAUGUA